AUGCAAGGGCCGACGAUGCCCGCAGGGGAAGGAAGGAAGCCGGUCUCCUCUGGACUGAAGCCAGGGCAGGCUCAGACAGCUUUGGAGCCAAGAGACGGAGAGGCUCCGCUUCUGGGAGCACAGGAUUUUGACAGGAAUUGUGGAAAAUACACAGGAUUUUCACAGGACUAAGCAAGCUAAUGUAUGUGGAUGUGUUUGAGAAACAAUAAAGCACUUCACAGGACAGGAGUGAUGACAGAAACCUGAGGCCCUGCUAAUUCACACCAAGACAACACCAAGAAUAAGGACAGGGAGGUACGGACCUAAGCUGCCUCUUCCAGGUAAAACAAUUAGCCUUGUGCAUGGAGGGAAGGCAAGGACAGGGCGAAGCGCAGGAAAUAGGGUUAAAUGUGUGCUACACCCAGAGUGUGGAGGUAAGGAAUGUGUUCUGAGGCAGCCUGGCAGCAGGGAAGCCUGACAGGCUCUGCAUGAAGAGCUGUCUUGCCUAGGAGUGGCUUAGAAAUUGGACAGCUCAGGUGACAUGGGCCCCUUAGUUGGAUAAGGAGGUAGGCACUGGAAGACUUUGCAGUGAUGCAAAAGAGAGGGUAGGAGCCUCACCUCAGUAAGUGGCAGAGGAAACUGGCAGGGACACUGAGAAGAGGGAAACAGCAGGGAAAAAUGCCCUCAGCAGUGCAAGAAAUGAGAUGGGACAAACCAAGAUUGAAAAGUAUGUUUCUGUAGCACGGGAUCAAAUAAAUGUGUGUCAGUAACAAAUACAACGUAGAAAGAAAAAUUCAGCUUGGAGCAGAGUGUGUUUGGGAUAUGAUAGAACUUAUACAGGGCAGUGUGAGUUGGUCAUGCCCAUGGUGGAGACCUGGAGCUGAGAGAAAGGCUAUGCCUGGAUGUGUAGCUUGAGGGAGAGUUCUGAUAACUGAAAUCACGGAAAGACACACACUCUCACCCCUGGAGAAAGUGUGGAGUGUGAUGAAAAGAGGAUGGGAGAAAGAACUUCAGGGGAUUGGGGGUCUGAUGUAGAGACAGAAGGAGUGACCAGAGGGAGACCUCAGUGAGCGUGACGAGUCAGAAAUGGGCAAUGUCCUACCUGCCAAAGGAUCUAUGAUUCCAGGGUGGCUGAGUCAGGAUUUGUUCUUCCAAGUUCAUUUUAAUGUUUGGACAUGAACACUUUAUGUGGACACAUUCAUAGCAGGGCACUUUUAUCAUUUGUUAGUGUAAGUUCUAGGGUCUUUAAAAAAGACUCUAUAGUCUGGGAAGUAUCACUCCCUCAACCCUCAGCUGCUCCUGUCCCUCUGAGGCCAGCCCGGCAUGGGAGCCCACCUUCCAGCUGGUUGCAGCUCCUCCUGGGAGGGAGGCCGGAGCAUCUCAGCCCAGUUCUCUGCAGAAAGAACCAAGGCAAGUGCCAGGCUCUUGCAGCCUGUCUCAUCAAUAUGCCUUUUCUCCACUUGCCUCCAGCUGCCAACUUGUUUGGGGAGGCUGAGGGAUGGAAGGUGGUGUUAUUGCUUUUGACUUGACUUACUGUUUUGGUCUUUUACACAUAAUCUGCCCCCUGACCCAACAUUAGCAUAAUGCUCAUUAAUCAAGCUCUGGCCUCCAAUUAAUGGCCAGCUGUGUGGAUGCCGUGCAUUUAAUAGCUUCUGAAUCAGUCAGGCAAAAGGUUAGGCAAAUGAUUUUGGCAGGAGGGGUGGGGAAUUCUGAAAGAGACUGGAGGCAUGUAUCCAUGCAGUAAGCAUGUUUGACCUCAUUCGUGAGCGAUUGGAGAAGGAGGACAGGAGGGGCAUUGGCCAAUCAUCUUCCUCUCGUUCCCCAUCCCUGAGUCCCCACCCUACCCCAGAUGGCCUGAAGACAACACUCUCUUCCAUCCUCCUGGCCUGGGGUCACACACCCCCACAUCACUGCCCAGGCAGCCGGCCAAAGAAGAAAGCCCUGAUUUAUUGCUCUUGGCAGCGUCUAGGCUGGGCAUUUCUAUAAACCCAGUGCCAGGGCUGACUAAUAAAACAUACACCCAGAUUCACCCCUCAAUAAAUGUCUUUCAACCUUUAA